GAAGGUAUAAGUAGCACCCGAGUAAACGCACCCAGCUACAGUGUGUAUUGUGUUACUUGCAUGGGUGUGUGGGGAAGUUCGAUGUGGGUGUGUAACUUAAUUUAUCAGAAACCAAAAUAAAUUAUUUUUUGCACUAAAUAUUAUAUAAGCAAUCCACAAAAGUGAAGAAGUAAACUCUGUCAACAUGGUUGCCACCAGCACACUGAAGCCCAAAAGCAGCGAGUGCAUCUCUGAGGUGGCCGAGCGGAAAUACGACCAGGCGAGCCUGGAAAAGGAACUAGAUUUUUGGGAUCACUGCUUGGCCGGGCCCCCAAGGAAUACAGAUGCCACUGAUGACAGACGCUGCCUCCAGCUGGCCAAGAUGUUUGAGAGCUGCCUGUCUCGAGCCAAGAGGUCAAUGCUCCACUGCUCCUCCGUGCUGGUCCCAGAGAAGCUGACACGGAGGAUAGCAGGAGAAGUGCUGCGCUUGGCGUCCUGCGAGCCAUGUGGCCUGCGCGGCUGCGUCCUCUAUGUGCUCCUGGAGCUGGACAAGGGCUGCCAGCAGCUGGAGCGCAUCGUGUACGACACCAACGUGGUGCCCACCUUUGAGCUGACUCUGGUGUUCAAGCAGGACGGCACCGCCUGGCCGAGCUUGCGGGACUUCCUUUUCAUGGGCACCUGCUUCGCCCCGAACUUCAGACGUGCGCUCAAAUUGAGUCCAGGCUUCCGGCUAGUCAAAAAAAAACUGUACUCCUCCUCGGCUGGGACCUUGAUCGAGGAGUGUUGAACUGUGGGAUGUUGUCUUUUUGGAUAAAUGCACUUUAACCAUGAUGUAAAUGACCUUUGACUUACACUGAAUAUGUACAAGUUGGUCUUUUCAGUUUAUUCCCUGUCUAACCUUUUAAGGAUCAUGUUGGCCAUCUCCAUUUUUGAACUUCCUUCCAGUAAUAUCCUAGCCUGCUUCUUAAAGUUGGCCGGUGAAUGCAAACAUUUUUUUUAACAUACACUAGCCACUUUAAUGCUACGUUGAAUGUGUUUGGCAACAGUCAUAAACUUGAACAGGACCUGUCGCUUUUAGUCUUGGGUUGAUUCUUGACUGAAUGUUGUUUUUUUUUUUUUUUUAAAUGCUGUCACAUGAGGGAAUAUGGAUACGCUCCUAUUGCCUUUUUACAUACGCGACCCUGUUCUGUCAUGCAGAUUCAAGUAACUGAAAUAUUUGCAAGUUCACCAACAGGAAGUACAAAGAGACCUGUACUUUUUUGCAACCCCACUAGAUUUUUUUAUUAAGUUCUAUGUCAACAUUUGAUUGAAAGAAGCUUUGACUUGUCUGUCAGACAAUAAAAUAUUUCAACCUCAUAUUUGGUAGACAUUGAGUGUGCACUUGGAUUAAGCCAGGGUUGGGCAACCGGUGGCUUCAGCCUCCUUGUGGCGCCUUCUGGUCAUGAUGAAUGAAAAAUUAUUGGUGUAAAUGAUCUAUUUUCCUUUGGUUUAUUGUACAUCUUGGACUUCAAAGUGAAACUUUUAAUAUUGAAUUGUUGAAAAUGUUUAUAAUUAAAA